AUAGCUAAGUAAUUGUACGAAUUGUGUUAAUAUAAAACCGAGAUUAGCCAGACCAAGCAAUUACUGUCGGCACAAUGGGUGAAAUUGUAGAACGCAGAAUGGAAUCAAUGUCUGAAGAAAUACUAGAAAUGCGCAGACUUAAACUAUUCUCGAUACUAGAAACGAAGGAAAUUAUAAAAAAACGAAAAGCUUUCGAAUGCAAGCUUAAUGGCGUAGAGAAAAAUUUACAACAUUUUAAGGAUUACAUAGAUUAUGAACUCUCCUUAUUAAAAGACAUAAAAUUAAGAAGAAAGAAAUUGAAAAUAUCUGAAAAGAAAAAUAAAAUAGAAAUAAGAAUACUAAAAAAUAUAAAAAGUCGAUAUGAAAUAGCCUUACAGAGAUUUACAAAUGAAAUGAAUCUUCAUCUUGAAUAUUUCAAAUUUUGUAGAGAGUAUAACUUUCAUCAAGCUGCAUAUUUAUGUGUUCAGAAUAUGAUUAAAGCUUAUGCACAUGUUCCUGAUAUUUGGCAAGUUGCAGCAGCCUGGUAUGCCUCUAGUGAUACUAAACAAUCUUUGGCUCUGAUACAUAAAGGUAUUACAAUUCAUCCCAGUUCCCAAACAUUACAAUUAGAAGCUAUUCAAUUAGAGCUCUUACAAAGACAAAAAAAUCAGUGGCCCAGUGAUACGCAAGGGGAUACCCUAGAUGAGGCUUAUUACAAAAAAAUAGAACAAUAUAUUGACGCUAUAGAGAAGAAUAUUCAUGACUUUGCUUGUUUAACUGGUAUAUUGAAUAUAUUAGAUCCUCAUAGCUUUACGAAAAAUAUUCAGCACAGAAUUAUAGAAUUGUUAAUGUCUAAAUAUUCUAAUGAACCAGAUGUAUGGCAUUUUUUGGCAGAAAGAGAACUUAAUGGAAAGCACUAUCCUUUGCCAGAUGAACUUAGAACUUCAACAAAAUUUAAAUUACAAAGGUCCAUAGAUAAAUAUGAACUCGGAUUAAAAAAAGUUAGUACUGAAAAAAAAGUUGUAUUGUGGAAAUAUUACCUAGAUUUUUUGAUAGAAGUAAAUGAACAGAAAGAUAUAUCAAACCAUAUGAUUAAGACUACUUUAAAGGAAAAAUUUGAAAAAGCUAAAAGGGAUUCAGUAUUGAAUGAAAGGUACUAUUUGAAUUGGGCAAAAUUGUAUACAGUGGAAUCAGACAUGUUGAAAAUCAUUGAGGAUGGUUUAAUUGCUUUUCCUAAUUCAGUGGAACUGUGGAAAAUGAAGUUAAGAUGCAUGAUAAUGCGAGAUGACACAAAAGCAUUAAAUGUAGAAUUUAAAAAGGCACAUAUGACACUCAAAGAAAAAGCUACUCCACUCUGGAUAAUUCUUAUAAAAUACCAUGUCUUGUCUUCCUCAGAAAAAGUUGUUGAAACUGUCUACAGAGAUGCUGUACAGCAACACGGAUCAAUAGCUAAUGAAUUCAAGGCUGAUUUUCUUGAAUGGACUGCCAUGAAUAAAGGUAUCGAAGAUGCAAGAAAGGUUUACCAAGACUUAGCCCUGCUAUCUCCAUUUUGUAAGGAUUUGCAUAUAAAAAUGGCUAAACUUGAAGAGAUAGAACUAGUUUGUAGUAUCAAACACCUGGAACGCCCUCUUAGUCUAUUGUGCGAGCAGUUUGGAAAAGAUGAUCCGGAUUCUUGGAUAGUCUUAAGAGAUUGUUACUUAAAUCAUCAAAAGCAGUUUGAAGAAGCUAAUCCAACGUUUAAUAUUAAUACCAAACUUGCUCAAAUUAGAACAAAGGCUCUUCAAGCUAUAGGAGGUAAUGGACCAGCUGUAACUGAAUUUUUAGAAAAAUAUGAUAGUGCUUCAUUCAAUUCAUAAAUUUCAUAAACAAGGAAUAAAUUUUUAAAGUUGU